GUCUGCUAUUUCGUCCCUUCAAUUCUUGAGUCCGACACUGUGGGCCCAUGCUCUGUUGCACCGUGCAUGCAUGCCAGUGCUUCCAUUCCAAUAUUCAGGCUUGUACAAUUGGACGCGUUCCCACGCGUUUUGACGUGUUCUUCACUCAUUGAUGCCAAGAUUUUGGGCCAACCGACAUGGAAGGACGCAGACCAGAUGUGUUAUCAUGGCAUUGCCCAAUGCGCUGUUGCAGAGCCUGCACUGGUGCCUAACCACAAAGUGUGCCUACUACUACGCUCUUAACUUUCUACUCCAGGAAACAAUCAAACUUCCCAAAAGUGACCGGAAUUGGAAGACAAUAGCUUCCUCCGCGGCUAAAAGGCGAACUCCCAUUGGUGAGGUACAAAGAGUGCUGGAACCCCGCGGGUCGGGUUUCACGGAUGAGCAAACUAUGUGUUCCCCACCGUUCACCCCACCGUUCACCCCACCAUUCACCUCAUCAUUUGCUUUGCGAUCUACCUGCCAUAUUUACCCCACUGAUUAUUGUCAUCCUAUCUUCGAAAUCUUGGGACCUACGCCGGCCCCACAGACCCCAAGGGGUUGUCCCUGCAAAGGUGUGUUCAAGCGCGAGGUUUAGCGCGAGGUUUUCUCUGCACCCUCAGUAUAGCCUUGGGGUAUUAUUUUCUCCGACACUCACAAUGACAAGCGCCAGUGCGGGGUUACCUAUCAAUAACUUCCAGGGAACCCUGUCAGUAUUUCCGGGGUACCCCGUCAGGAUGGCCCCGUCAGACUGCGCAUAUCUGAUAGGAGGUCCCGGCACUCGAAAUCUGAUGGUUGGCCCCGUCAAAUGGUAAUGGGGCUACCUAGCAGGGCUGGUACCGGGGCAACCCUACACCAUCUGCCGGGGUUACUUCCCACUGUGGUUGACUUUGGACGU